AUGUUUCCUUUACAACGCGGCAAUGAGCUGGUGAUCCAGUUUUCUAAUGGUCUCCAACCGCAACACAAAAUCUCCAAAGAUCUGAUCCUGGAUGAACACAAUAUCGAUAAUUCUCCCCUUGUCGCUUACUCACUUAAAAAGUUGCGUACUAGCCGCCCCAACAAACUUUUUUAUGCGGCUAACACCAGUCAAGCUAAUUCCGAAGAACAAUAUGCAAAAAAGAUGAUUCACAGAGAGAUUGAAAGGCAAAGGAGGCAAGAAAUGGCAACCCUUCAUGCCUCUCUAAGAUCCCUUCUCCCUCUUCCCUUCAUCAAGGGAAAGCGUUCGAUAUCUGAUCAAAUGAACGAGGCAGUGAAUUACAUAAACCACCUGCAAAAGAAUAUUAAAGAAUUGAGUGACAAAAGGGAUAAGCUGAAGAAGAAACUUCCCCUUAAUUCCACCCUCGAAAGCUGUAAGAACAAACAUGCAUCUAGCGGUUUCACUGUCCACCACACUAGUGAUGGAGCUGUGGGGAUUGAAAUCAGUGGAUUCAGUGAGGAAGGGGUUUCACUUUCUAAAUUGCUGGAACUAGUUUUAGAAGAGGGACUUGAAGUUGUUAGUUGUCUUUCAACUAAAUUCAAUGGCAGAUUACUCCACAGUUUGAGGUGUGAGGUUGACAAUUCCGACAGAGUAGAUCUACCUGAGCUGAGAAGAAAAAUUUCCAAUGUAAUUCCAUCCUUUAGACUUUCUGAGUAA